CUUUUGUUAACCUAGCAUGUUAAAUAGUUAGCCUACAAAAGCAAGAGGGUUUAGCGAGCCGACGGCAUGUCAGGUCAUGAUAGCUAGAUUUGCUGCAUGAUAUCUCCUGUCUUGUCGUUGUUAGUACCGGUGUCAGCCAGCUGCAGGAAAAUGGUUUAACCGUACGUGACGCUAACGGCUCACCAAGGUGUUCACCCUGUAUGAUGCAACACCAGAGCCAGACUCAUCUAUAGCUGUUAGCCGGUCAGUUUUUGACUUAAUGGUUGUCAUUACACAAUCAACUCGAUUAGACGUGUAUUGACUGGUUCAGUAACCUACAACAGCUGAAAAGCGAGUUUGUUGACCGCACAUGCAGCAGUGAACCACAGCUAGCUAAACCUCAUGAUGAUGCUCCAGGAUGGGUCAACACAGCUCAUCUGCCUCACAGCCAGCAGCGGGGUUCCUCUUUUCACAAGGGGGGCUUCCAAACAGCUACCCUUUUCUGUCAUCGGCUCCCUGAAUGGUGUGCACAUGUUUGGAGGUGGUCAGGGAGUGGUGUUGUCCUGCUGUGAGACCGAAGGCGGGGGGAAGGUCGUGUGGAGAGUUUUUCAGGACAGCGUGAUGCUCAUCGCUGUGAGUGGAGGUGGACACGGUGGUGCUGGUACCAGCAAAGAGGAGGAGUUUCGUUUACAACGACUUCUGGAGAAUGUGUGGAACUGCAUGGUGCUGGUGUUGGGGCAGGAUGAGCUAGCUAACAUGAGGAAUGUUGAAAGGCUAAAGAGGGACUUGCGGUCCUGCUUCAGGCUCAUUGAUCAGCUGUUGGAGGAGAGGCAAGAGGGCAUCCUGGGUAACCUAACACACUGUGCUGAUUCGCUGCUGCCUCCAAACUCUAGUGUUCUUCAGGAGGCUGUGGAUGGAUUUGCUCAGGCUGCAGACAGUGAAUUUUGUUGCCUUAUUGUCCACGGGCGAAUCGCCGCAGCAACUGAAAAGUGGUGGCGCCUAGCACCACAGGAAGUUGUGCUGCUCUCUGUUUUGAUGCGGUCUCUCUCAGCCUCUGGAUCAGCUUCUUGUGAUUACCCAGUCUUCCUUCCACACGGCAGCCCCACUGUGGCCCACCGCCUGCUCCGCUUCCAGCUGCUCCCUGGAGCGGAUGUGUGUGUGCUGUGUGGUCCCACUCCUUCCCUGCACAGAGCCGAGAGUGGGCUGGUGGGUCGUUUCUGGUCACCCCUGCUGGAGACCCUGAGAGAUUGCCUGGCUGUUGGAGAGCGCUGUUUACCAGCAUCUCUAUCCCUGCGGCCUGAUGUACUGGCACUUCUCCUGAUCAACCGUGAAACACGUCGGUCAGUCUCUUGUGUGCGGACUUCUACUACUCAUCUGCUCGGUAACCCUACUUUAACCUCCAAAGCCCGCUACUGGGAGCUGCUGAAGCUGUUCUACAUCUUCAGCACGACACGCUACUUUAGCCAGGAGGAGACACUGUGUGUCUUCCCAGAAGAGAGGUCUCAAAGAAGCAACACUGAAGACUUUGUCCUUGGAUUCUCACACCAGCCACUGCAGUGCUACCUAGUUACAGAGGAGUGCAAAAGUUAUGGACUUCAGACAGCACAGCACCAGCUCUUCCUGCUAAUCCCACCAUCAGUUCCCACUUUUGCACUGCGUACGGUGGCCACACAGACUCUCUCUGAUAUAGUUGCAGCCACUGGGUUUUAACUGAACAGUUUACUUUAACAUAACAUUUCAGUUUUUAGUAAACCUACCAUGUUUGACUUAAAAAUAUAUCAGUGAUUAAGUAAUGUGAAUUCACUGCUGAUAUUUUGUUUAAUAUAUCACCAGGCAUUUUUAGUAAACUACUGCUUUAAUUAACUAAUCAAUGCUAACAAAAGUAUGAAAAUGCCAUACCAAUGUGACCGUCUUGUUGCUCUCUUUUGCAUGUAAGAGAGAAGUCACUCUUUCAGUUAUCAGUUGUGUGUGUGUAACUUCACUGGCUUUAAGACAGUUUCAUUCAGCAGUGAAAGCUGGAUGGAUCUCAGUUCAAAUUCUGUUGGCUCACUGAGUACUAACAUUAUCAUGAGGAUUGCACUGUAUCUCAAAGUGUAUUAGAAAAGCGCGUGUAAACGUUACACUGGGAUAAAUAAGUGCCUGCUGUUUGUUGUUGUAACAUUUUUUAAUCAUUUGGCUUCAAAAGAGAUAAAAUUAUUCUUUUUUUCUGUUCCAGUUCUGAUCCUAAAUAUAGUUAGUUACUUUCUGUGGGUCUUUGUAUCAUUGACUGAUUUAUUCACAUUUUUCUUACGGCUGAUGUGAUAAUCAUAA